AAGGCGUUCCCGGACGCCCGGGUGCCGGGGAAGCAGUUCCGCCGCUUCCUGCGCCGGGCGGGCGGCAGCACGGCCGCAGGCAGCGAUGCCCGUGGAGCCCCUGAUCUGCGCCGACACAGCCACGCGGGUGAGCUCCGUGCUUAACCGGGAUGUGAAGCAGUUUGGGAAGAAGCACAUGUUCGACACGAACGAGGAGACGUGCUGGAACUCAGACCAGGGCACGUGCCAGUGGGUCACCCUGGAUUUCCCUCGCACCGUCAAGGUCUCACAGCUCCACAUCCAGUUCCAGGGGGGAUUCUCCAGCCGGCUGUGCACGCUGGAAGGCGGCAGAGCAGGUGAAGAACUCGUGAAAAUAUCCGACCUGUACCCCGAGGACAUCAACGCCAUGCAGAGAUUCCAGGUGGAGGAGACGGUGCUGGAUAAGCUGAAGAUCACCUUUGAGAACAGCACUGACUUCUUCGGGAGGAUCGUGGUGUACCACCUCGGGGUGCUGGGGGAGAGGCUCUAGGGCAGCGGCGAGGGACAGCGUGGGGGGCCGCUCUCCCAUCGCCCGCGUUCCCCCACGGGGACUCUGCUGCGUAUGGGGAAACGGGACAGCAAAUCCUGCCAGCGGGGACGUGCUGCCCCCAAUCCCACCCCGGGUGCUGAGAGGGGACCCCCUGCCCCACGGGAUGGCAGUGACAGAGGGACACCAGUGCAGAGAUCCAUGUGCUGGACUUCCAAGCCUUUGGUGGGACACAGCUCGUGUAACCAGCCAAAUAAAAGGUGUCCCAGCUC